AUCAUCAUCAUCAUCAUCAUCUGCUUGCUUGUCUGUCCUUAGGGCUUUUGGUGUGCCGUAUAAAAUAAAUGAAAACUUUUUGUUUGUAUGUAUAUGUUGUCCUUAUUUAUUUGGUUUCCAGCGGGAGGACGUUCUCAGGGGUGUGCUGAUCUGUGACAGUUUGAACAAUGUCACCAGCCUGCGGUUGUACAGUAAAUCCACUGGAUUAGCGAGUUGUCAUCGUCCUGCGUGAUUUCUCGGACACGACCUGUUCGUGUUUGGAGGAGCAACAAGCUCCUGUUGGAGGUGUAAACACGCUGUGCGGGUGCUAUGUGGAAUCAGCUAGAAAAGCCGCAACACUGCUGCGUUCUCACUCCAGGGAAAUGGAUCCAGUGGAACCUUCACACUUCUGUUUAAAGAGCUAGAGGAGAUUACAGCGCGUGCUGGAUAAUCAGCCUUUUAAUCUGUAACGUACAUGUGUAAUAUUAGCUGGAUAUAACAAUAAUAAUAAUAAUAAUAAUCAUUUUUAAAAAAUCAUAGCUUAGGUUAGAAAUGGGAACUCAGGUGACGGGGAGGAAGAGAAUCCCGAAUCGGGAGAAAGUGUCGGCGGAGGAUGAUGCUCUGAGCCAGAUAGCUCGGGAGGCGGAGGCGAGACUGGCAGCCAAGCGGGCGGCCCGGGCAGAAGCUCGAGAGAUCCGCUUAAAGGAACUGGAGAGGCAGCAGAAAGAGAUUUAUCAAGCUCAAAGGAAAUAUUAUGGGCUGGACAGCAAAUGGGGCCAUAUUGAGCAGUGGAUGGAGGACAGCGAGCGGUACUCACGCCACUCACGGAGACACACGUCGAUCUCAGAUGAUGAGGAGCGGUUGUCUGUUGGAAGUCGGGGGAGUUUGAGGGGAACUUACUCUGACCUCUACGGCAGCACCGGCAGCCUGCCUUCAUCUCGAAUUCAAAAUGGCCGGCCUACAGACUAUGGGGGAUUUUUGGGCUCUGGUUCCAGAGCCUCGUCCCGAGCAAGUUCAGCUCGCGCCAGCCCAGUGGUGGAAGAGAGAACAGACUUCCUGGAAAAGGGAUCAAGGACAGCAUCUACUCUUUCUGCUGCCACUUUGGCCUCACUAGGUGGUGGCUUUUCUCGGAGAGGCAGCUGUGAUACCUCCGUAUCGGUUGAUACAGAGGCCUCCAUAAGAGAAAUAAAGGACUCUCUGGUUGAGGCUGAGGAGAAGUAUCGGAAGGCCAUGGUGUCUAACGCGCAGCUGGAUAAUGAGAAGUCCAACCUGAUGUACCAGGUGGACACACUGCGAGACACACUGAUGGAGCUGGAGGAGCUGCUUUAUGAGACACGCAGGGAGUGUGAAGACAAAACUAAAGAGUGUGAUCGAGAGCGGCAUGCUCACAAUGUCCUGAAGUUCCAGUUUGAUGAGAUGAAGGAGACGUUAAAACAGAGUGAGGAAUUGCUAAAGGAUGCACAACAGUUGCGCUCGAAGCAAGAGAGCUAUGUUAGCGAAAUCUCUGAUCUACAGGAAACUCUGGAAUGGAAGGAGAAAAAAAUUGGGGCCUUAGAGAGACAAAAGGAAUAUUCAGACAUAAUCCAAGAUGAACGUGAUGCACUGAGGCAUGAGGUUUUCCGGCUCAGGGAUGCUCUAAAGAAACAUGGCAUAUCUCUUGGAUCUGAGGCGACAACAAAUGGCGAGACAGGAAGCAACAUGACUAAUGGACCUGAACGCAUAGAAUCAGCUCAAGACACACCGACUAUGAGUGCUGACAGUAUUUUAGAGAGACCUUCUAAGGAUCACGUGGCUGAAAUGGACAUCAUAUGCAUGAAAGAAAAAAUCAUGAUAGUGACUCAUGCAAAAGUAAGAAGAGCUGAAGAUAUGGAUUCUAGUGCAAGAGCAUCGUGCAGUGAUGUACAGAUUCAAGAGGACAGCAGAGCUCCCGAAACAAAUGAAUUUAAAAGCAGUAUGUCAGUUAGUACUGAACAUGUUCCAGAUGAAACACUUCAAGAAAGUGUGGCUGCUCAAAACGAAGGCAUCAUAAAUGUGGUAAAAUAUGUGAACAAACAAAACCAGAAGGCGGAAAAACCUUGCACAAAUGCAACUGAAGUCCCAGAAAAACCUUUGACUCGAGAAGUAAAUGAAGCACUUGCACCAUUCCAAUUUAUGAGUCAUGCAAACCAAGCUGAUGAACAAACCUUUGAGAAAAUGGAGCUACCUGGAACCACUAAAAGCUAUCAAGAUUCCAGAAAACCCACUCCCACCGCAGAUGUAGAGCUCAUCAGCACCAGAAGCCAGGAUCUUUCUGUAAGCAGUGAGCAGGAGUCUGGAACAGAGCUGGAACUUAAAUCAGGGGAUGUUCAAAAUUGCUUGAUUAUCAGCCCUGUGGAGGAGAAAGGCAUUGCAUCAUUUUUAGACAGUUGCCAAGAAGCUUUGGCACUGGACGUUGGUGUCAUAGAUACAGCCAGAGUUGAGGGUCAGGGUGAGAUGAGCCCUGCUGGAGCUGACACAAAACACAACAUUAUGAGGCUUAGGAACAAAGGAGGACAGGAAUGUUCUGUAUCCUAAUUUUACUUUCAUGCAGCCAAAUAAUAGAGAGUGUUUAAAAUGGAAAUAUACUCCACCAUGGAGUUUAAUAUUAUGAAUAGAGCAUUCCUGAUACUCGACAUCAUUUCUGGUAGCAAAUGAGUUCGCUCUAUUAUAAAACUCGAUCUCUAGAUUCUCAGACUUUCUCAGACUAGACUUUUAAUGAUUAUUAACAAUAUGACAGUUCAAGUAUUAAUUUGCGUAAUCAAAAGCACAUUAAUGACUGUAUAUCUGCCAUGCAUACUGUCUAAACUGGCCCAUCUUGAAGUAUAAGAACAGCAAGGACAAUUCUUUUGGUUUUGCCGUGCACUGAAGACAUUUGGGUUUGAAAUGUAAACAUUUAUAUAAGAGUAAAAUGUUAGGUUUCAUUUCUUCAUACAGUAAUUUCAUAUUGAUGUAUUUGAUUAAAUAGUUAAUAUCUCUGAAAGGCUAUUCUUGGUGAAUAUGCCUGUGAAUGCUGUAUUUUUGUCUAAAAUGAUAAACUAGAAAGCUUUCUAUGGGGUGAAAAUCAUUUUGAAGAUAAGAAAAUAGGGUAAACUGAUCAGAGAAUGCAUAAGUAUUGGGCUUAGCCAAUCACAACGAUGACAAAGCAAGAAACCAUUGGUUUACUAAUAACCUGACCUGAUUGGCCAAGGAAAACAACAGCAUAUGAUGUCAGUCACUGACAUAAACAAUAACCUCCAUAGGGCAGGGGUGAAGAUAUCACAGUGCACAAUUAAAAAAAUUGAAUAUUCGAAACAUAAAGGCCAUACCACAAGAUGCAAACCAUCAUCAUGAGUAAGAAUCAGAAGGCCAGUUUAGAAUUUGGAAUGGUAUACAGAAACGAGCCAGAAAACCUCUGGAACCAGGAUUAACUUCUGCCAAACUGAUGGAAAGCCAAAGUGUAGUGAAAGAAAGGAUCUGCUCAAGUUCCAAAACAUUUUCAGCUCAUUGGUCACAAACAAUCGAGGUAAUGUCACGGCUCAUCAAAAAAUGGGUGGUCUACCACCAAAGGUUCCAUGUUUUGAUUUAUUCAACACAACUAUAGGAAAUUAAAAUUCUGAUGUAUCGCCUCAUCUUCAUCCUUUAAUCUCAAACCCAAAUACUUUCACGGUACAAUAAAAAAAUAUAUAUAUAGGCCUUGCUGUUCUAAGACUUUUGGAAGGGGCUGUAAAUAUAUCUUAUAGUAAAAUAUUUUUUGUUCUUUUAUACCGCACCUUUUUUUCUUAUACUGCAACUUUGAUUUUCUAAUUAUAGAGCAAUUUAAAAUUAGCCCAUUUUCAAAUUAAUUCAAUGAAAAUGGUACAGUAUGUUUUCUUUAGAAACUUGCCUGGCAGUUCAUUUCAUCUUUAGGAAAGAUAUGUAAUAGUUUGUGACAUGGAAUUUGAAUCAUUCUACUAUACUGUAGCGACUGAACAAAAACAGCAACUCUGAAAAGGAUUGUAAAAAAAUAUUAUUAAAUAUUAUUAAAAUAAAAAAUAUUUAAUAAUAAUAAAAUUUUAAUGGCAAAAUAAUAAAAAAGUAAUAAAAUAGUAAAAUUUGUAUUUCUUUUUUUAUUGUUUAAUGUAAUGCAGGAACACCCUUUAAAACCUUCAAAGGUUAAGUAUACAGGAAAUUUUCACUGGUUUAGAAGGAAAUCAUUCUAGCCCUCUGAAACAAAAGGGUGUAACCAGUAUCUAAAUCAGAAUUUCAGUAUUAUUUUAUGCUUUGAAAUUUGCUAAUAAAUACAAUUAAAUUACUUCUUUUACCUUACAUUUCAAAGCUUAAUACUUACUGUACUUAUUUGUUUAUUUAUAUGAAUGAUUACCUCAUUAAUGCAUCCACUGAGUCAAAUGUAUGCUUUUGUUUUUCAAUGAACACACAUUUUAAGGGAAAUCACAGGAUUAUUAAUAGUAAGAACAUGCAUGUUGAUCUUCUUCACUGUGAUCUUCUACACUACAGUACACAAUUUAACAUGUUAAAUUAAAUCAUUAACAUUAUUAUACUAGUUUAUUAAAAAAUGUUACAUGAAUGAACACCAUUCAUAAUAGCAGUAAUUAGAAUUAGAGCAUAGUGAUUACAUCCUAAAAAACAUUUUAUUCAAUAAUUUUUUUUUAAAUCAAUGCAAGUACAGUGUGUCUAAAAAAAAAUUGAUCAUAUAUACCUGUUUUGAUCAUUGCGACUUGAAAUGCAGCAAAUCACAAAAUCCAAUUUGGAUCCCAAGCCUGGAUAAAAUUGGGGGUUUGCAUCUGGAAUCUAGAAAAUCGGGAAAAUGGGAGGAUUGCGUUCCGAAGGACAUUGCUGUAAAUGGGUCAAAUCAUAUUCAUGAAAAGGAAAAGUUUGGUAGGAAAAGUUGCACAAGUAACAGGGAUGACCGCAGCCUUAAGAAGAAUGUCAAACAAAGUUAAUUCAAGACUUUGAGAGAGCGUCACAAGCAGUGGAGUGAAGAUGGAGACAGAAGUGCAUCAGAAGCCACAAUGCACAUUGUGACGUCUUCAGGAAACAGGCUACAACUGUUGCAUUCCUUUUUAGAUAAAAGUAAACUGUACAUUUUAUCUUAAAAAGUGGAGUGGCACAGAAUACAUGUUGCUUGAAGACCUGUGAUUUUAUGUAUUGCACUGUUGCCACAUGAUUGAAUAAAUGCAUGUAUGUAUAAGCAUUGUUAAUAAAGUGGACAGUGAGUGGAUUGUGUUUUUUCUUUUUUAACUUGGUAACAUUGAUUAA